AUGCGGAUAGGAACCCACGCAGUGAAGGGGUCGGGGGGGAUUCCUCUGGCCAGGAAGAUGUGUUAUGCGGUGGGAGGGGUCCCGCAUCAGAUUACCACAGUAGCUAUAGGGGUUUCGCUGCAGAUUUUCCUUCUGGAUGUUGUGCAGAUGGAGGCCGCCUACGUUUCCAUGAUUUUAUUUGUGAGUCGAGCCUGGGAUGCCGUGACUGACCCCCUGGUUGGAUAUCUGGUGAGCUGCAGCAAAUGGACCCCCAUCGGCAAACUCACUCCAUGGCUGGUUCUUUCCACUCCAUUUGGUGUCCUGUCCUAUCUGCUGCUGUGGUUUGAACCACACGGCUCCAUGUCUCAGACUCUCAGCGUGCUGUGGUUCCUCACAGCAGCCUGCCUCUUCGAGACCCUCAUGAGUUGCUACAACGUCCCGUACCUCUCACUCAACAUGUUCCUGGGGGGAGAUAAGAGGGACAGAGACUCUGCCACAGCUUACAGAAUGAGUGCGGAGAUGUUGGCAAUGCUGCUGGCUUCCAUAAUUCAAGGUCAGGUUGUAUCUGUGUACAACACAGAGAAGCAGGAGGCUUGUCAACAGCUGGACCAGGCCCACGAAACGCCUCAAAGCACACCUUCACCACAGACUGCAUCCCUUCAGGAAACGCAAAAGGCUUUCUUGACCUCAGCUCUGGUCAUGGGUGCUCUGUUCUUCCUCUGCAGCCUGGUUCUCUUCCUUGGGGUGAAGGAGCAGCAGGCCCCUCUCUGCUCUGGCGACAAAGUACGACCAUCCUAUCUGACCUCGCUGAAGAUGCUGAUAUGCCACGUUCCCUAUCAACGACUGGUGCUUGGCUUUGUGUUUAGUGCUCUUGCAUUUCAGAUGUCCUGGAGUAAUUUUGCGCUUUUUUGCAGUCAUGCCGCUGGGCUGGGAGCCGAGUUCCAGUACCUCCUCCUGGCUCUACUUGCUUCUGCCUCAGUAGCGGUUCCUCUGUGGCAAGCAGUUCUUCUGAGAAUAGGAAAAAAGGCCACAGUUUUCAUCGGACUCUCACUCUUCAUCCCCGCAGUCAUCAUAGUUGCCUGUGUUCCCAGUAACCUGCCAGUCUUCAUGACUAUGUGCAUUUUGAUGGGAUUCAGCGUGGCGACUGUAUUCUUGCUACCAUGGUCUAUGCUCCCAGAUGUGGUGGACGACUUUGCCGCGAGACAUCCCUCCUACAAGGACCUGGAGCCUCUGUUUUUCUCCUGUUAUGCCUUCUGCGUUAAGCUGGUGGGAGGCCUGUCUGUUGGCAUCUCAACCAUGAUAUUACAGUUUGUGGGUUACAGAGCGGGCGCGUGUAACCAUGGUGACGGAGUGGUGACGGCUCUGAUUGUGCUGUUUUCACCUGUCCCCAUCGCACUCCUGCUGAUAGGAAUGGUCUUUUUUAGCUACUACCCAAUCAAUGAGAGGCAAUGUUUACAGCUCCAGGAACAGCUGACCACAAUCCAGUAA